AUGCGGAGUUUCUUCAUCCUCGUCUCCCUCGCACUUUCUGCUCUCGCGCAGCAGGCGACCAUCAUCUCACCUGCCAAUGGUUCGACUAUCGCGGCUGGCGACGAGAUUGUUGUGAAUGUUCACCAGGAUGAGGCUGCCACCGACGAUGUGCAAAUCGCCAUCGUACUCGGCAUCGAUCCGUGUCUCGGUGGUACCUGCCCCGCUCCCGGUGCGGAUGGCGUUGGCACAAUCCUUGCGAAGUCGCUCUUUGACCCUCAAUUCGACCCGAACACCCCGCAGGAGGGCCUGCACCAGUUGUUUAACGUCACCGUGCCGCAGAUAGAGGGCCCGAGCGUCCUCAGUCUAACGCACCUGCAGAUGGUUGGGGUGAGUGGAAUGCCAUUAUUCGACUGA